AUGGAUCUCUCGGAACGAGGGGAUCUUACGAUACCUGCGCAGCUUUACUCCACUGAAGGUUCAGAGCGGCUAAAUAUUGAAAGAGAUGGUUGUCGCUUGCAUGAUCCGAGGCGAGUUCGACAUACCUCGGACGGUAAAUCUGUUUCCGGAACGCGCGUAUUUUCUUUCCGAGAAGACCACACCCCUUUGGAGUUAAGCAAAUACUUUUACUCGCCCCUACCUUCAGAGAGCUCUAUCCGCCUACUCCGCGUAGAGCCAGGGGUUCCGAACGAUCGAUUACGAUGCAGCUUAGUGGCUGUUGAAGUUGAAGGGUCGCAAGAGUACGAAGCAGUCUCCUAUGCUUGGGGGGUUACGUCACAGAUUAUCCAGUUGCAAUGUGACGGAAAAGCUCUCGAUAUUAGCCGGAACCUCGACGAUGCGCUCCACCGGCUCCGUAAUCCCGCCCAGGCCCGAUAUGUGUGGGCUGAUGCCGUAUGCAUCAAUCAACGUGACCUGUUGGAGCGCCAACGGCAGGUGGCUAUGAUGCGGAAAAUCUAUAAAAACGCAUCGCAGGUUUUGAUUUGGAUUGGGCGAGACAAGCAUGAUGAAGCAGCUUCAGCUUUCUCUCUUGCCACUGACAUUGCAACGACCAAAGGAGGAGCUGUGUCAAUGGUAUCUCCACGGCACCCUGACUGGAAGUGUAUAGCUUCACUCUUUUCGCGGCCGUGGUUCGGGCGAUUAUGGGUGGUCCAAGAAAUCACCCUCGCUAGACGAGCCACGAUCUUCUGGGGAGAUUCCGAGCUAGAAUGGCAAGAGCUUGGAUUUGUCGCUGCCUGUAUCCGUACCCUUGGAUAUCAAGUCAUGCAGCAGAAUCCGAUGCCAGGAGUCUAUAAUGCGUACCUAAUGUAUCGACUCACCCAAGACAAAGAGAGCGCCAGUGUAUUCUUCCUCCGUCUCCUCACCAUGACCCGUCAGUUCCAGUGUACGGAUCAGAGGGAUCGAGUUUAUGGCCUGCUCGGUCUUCCCAGCACUGACGGGGAUCCAGAGAAAGGGGAAAUAUUCGUACAACCCGACUACACAAUGUCAAGGCUGGAAGUAUACAGCACCGUUGCUGCCAAGAUCCUUCGGAGAACCGACAAUUUGUUUCUCCUAUCUGCUGUACAACACGGUCCAGAGAUCGCAACCGAACUUCCGUCGUGGAUUCCACAGUGGGAUCGUGUCUUCACCCACACUCUCAUCCCAGCUGAUCACAGUGGGAAGAUGCACUGUGCCUCUGGCGAUGUUCCUCGACAAAUCCUCCGCCCCAUAACGCCUACAUCUCCACUCCUCCUUCGAGGCCUCCUCAUUGAUACGGUAUCCACCAUAUCUCCGGUAAUACCUGGCCGAGCCGAUACCUUCCAAACGAUCAUUGAGCUCUACAAUAUAUUCAAGGGCAUGGUCUCGCCUUUGCUAACGUAUCCCUCUGGGCACGCACUUGAACAAGCGUUCUGUAAUGUAUUAUGCGCCGGCAAAGAUUGGUACGGCGAGAUUGUUUCCACGGCGGCGGAAAACGAAGCUGCGGAAAGGCAACAUCUAGCUGACUUCUUCGCGUUUUGGAGGACCAUGCUCAUGCUUCCGAUACCGCCCUGGUAUCUCGCGCUAUCCGAACAGGGUGAUACGAACAGGUGCUGGGAAGCCGUGUUGAAUGGCGUUGGUGGGCGACGGUUCUUCGUCACUCAAAAAGGGUACAUCGGCAUUGGACCACCUUGUUCGGCAGUAGGAGAUACAGUCGUGGUGUUGUUUGGUGGGACGGUGCCGUUUUUGUUGCGGAAAAUAGGGCAAGGCCAAUGGAAAGAUUCCAUGUGGAAGUUGGUUGGCGAAACUUAUGUUGCUGGCUUGAUGCAUGGUGAGUCCAUUGAAAAAAUGAACAACGGCCUGGCCUCGGAAGAUUUUACGAUUACUUGA